CCCCCAUUGGCGGGUGUGGAGAAGAGCGCGGCGUGAGGGACGGCGCCUUGGCCGGGGAAUGCUGGUGGCCUUGUGAGCCCGGCCCACUUUCCGCCAUGUCCGUCGUGCCGCCCAACCGCUCCCAGACCGGCUGGCCCCGCGGGGUCAACCAGUUCGGGAACAAAUACAUCCAGCAAAGCAAGCCCCUCACCCUCGAGCGGACCAUCAACCUGUACCCACUGACAAAUUAUACCUUUGGGACCAAGGAACCCCUCUACGAGAAGGACAGUUCGGUAGCCGCCCGAUUCCAGCGCAUGAGAGAAGAAUUUGACAAGAUUGGGAUGAGGCGGACCGUUGAGGGGGUCCUCAUUGUGCACGAACAUAGGCUGCCUCACGUGCUGCUCUUGCAGCUGGGCACAACCUUCUUCAAACUGCCGGGUGGUGAGCUUAAUCCCGGAGAGGAUGAGGUAGAAGGUCUUAAACGUUUAAUGACAGAGAUACUAGGACGUCAAGAUGGCGUCCUUCAAGACUGGGUCAUUGAUGACUGCAUUGGUAACUGGUGGAGACCGAAUUUUGAGCCCCCACAGUACCCAUAUAUUCCAGCUCAUAUUACAAAGCCAAAGGAGCACAAGAAGCUCUUCUUGGUUCAGCUCCAAGAAAAAGCUUUGUUUGCGGUCCCCAAAAACUACAAGCUAGUAGCUGCUCCUUUAUUUGAGCUUUACGACAACGCGCCAGGCUACGGUCCUAUCAUUUCCAGCCUCCCGCAACUUUUGAGCAGGUUCAAUUUUAUUUACAACUGAAUUUCCUGAAGUGUGAGUAGAAGCCGUCUCUGUGAGAACAGCUUUAAAAUGUAGAAGAGAAAAUGUGACGCAAGGAUUUUUUUUAAUGUUUUUCUUUCUCCUUUGAAUUUUCCCCCUCCCCUCCCCAACUUUCUACUAUCUGAAUAGGAAAGAGAAUCUUGACUGUUUAGACAAUGGGAUAAGAACUGUAUUUGCAUUUUAAUCACUUACGUUGUGAUAGUCACCUGAUUUUUUUUAAAUAACAUUAAACAAAAAUGGACUCAGUUGUG